CUUCCCUUCUCAUAGUACUCUGCGGAGGUUCAGUCGGUUAUAUGUUUAAGCCUUGAAACUUGAAAAGAUCUUUCUGUUGGGAUUUGUUCCCAAAAAAAGAAGAAGAAGAAGAAAGAAAGAAGCUUUGCAUUGUGCCCCCAACACAUUCACAUAUCUUAGACGAGGAAGAUAAAUAUGCAGUCUAAUUUUGAAAUAGCAGACCUCCCUUCUCAGCAACACUUCAUGGACACCAACUCUUCCUCACCUGUUUUGCCCAUUUUCUUUACUCCCCAAAAUCAAAACCACCCCAGUUUCCACCGACAACUUGAGCACCAACAGUUGGGUCAUCACCACCUUGUUCAUCCCACUCCCAUUACCCAUGAGUUGUUUCAAGGAUUACACCCACAACCAGAACAAGAGCAAUCUGGAACACUGCAUUGGCAGAUGAGUCCUAUAAAUUUCAAGCUGGGUCUGAAUGAGAACAGUGCCAGUGGUGAGGUUGCUCUGCUUGAUGAAAACAGCCCUCUAUUUCUUCAGAGCCGCCCACAAAAUUUGGGUUUCAAAAGUUGGCAACCCCAGGAAUUUUGCACUAGAAAAGAACCCUUUUGGAAGCCACAUGAAACACAAGGCAUGAAGCAGAAGCAAGCAACUGAAGGAGAGAUAUGCAAGGAAUUGGAGAGCAAAUACAGGCUUUAUGGUGAGCUUGAAGCAAUUUAUAGUCUUGGAAAGAUUGGUGAGGUUAAUAAUAAGCAAACUGGUUCUGGGUCAGCUCUGACUAAUGAAAACUCCCCCAAGAAUGUGGACCUUGUUCCUGUGCCUUUUGGUGGUUCUCAUGGCCUCAAUGGUGGCCCAGCAGCUACAGCUGGAGUUGAUGAUGGGUCAGAAGCCUCCAUUGACGAAGAAGUUUCGUAUAGGAAGGUUCAGAAGAGGAAGAGAAAGAGGAGGAUGAAGGAGCAAUUGAGUUCAUCAACGACUCGAUUUUUCGAGGGUUUAGUGAAGCGUGUGAUGGAUCACCAAGAGAGUCUGCACCACAAGUACUUGGCAUUGAUUGAGAAAAUGGACAGAGAGAGGAGGGAGAGAGAAGCGGCGUGGAGACUUCAAGAGGCUGAGAAGCAUAAGAGAAAAGCCAUUGCCCAACUCCAUGAACAGGCUCUAGCUUCAAAGAGAGAGUCGCUCAUUGUUUCAUACAUUGAGAAAAUCACAGGCCAAAAGGUCAACAUUCCUUCUAGGGAAACCCCAUCAUUGUUGCAAUGUGAUUAUUCAAAUGGAGCUAUGGAGGAGGAGUUGACGCCAGUCAAAGUUGAUCAGACAAAUAGCAGAUGGCCUCAAAGUGAAGUUGAGGCUUUGAUUCUAGUGAGAAGUAAUAUAGAAUCCAAGUUUCAGGAGCCAGGGCUUAAAGGGCCUCUUUGGGAACAGGUGAGUGCUUCAAUGGAUUCAUUGGGUUAUCAGAGGAGUGCCAAGAGGUGCAAAGAGAAGUGGGAGAACAUCAACAAGUACUUCAGGAAAACCAAAGACAGCCCGAAAAAACGUCCUCAGCAGUCCAAAACUUGCUCUUAUUUUAAUAAGUUGGAUCAGCUGUACUCUAGAACACCAGUCACCAAUCCCUCAUCAUCUUCGUAUUGUUCUAGCAACCCUGUAGUUAGCAUCGAAAGGCAAGGUUACUCGGAGCUUUUACAAGCGGUUCUUGAUGGGAGUGAAACUCAAAACCUGUCUAGUGGGAACUUUGAAAUACUCUCUGAAAUAGGGUCCAAUAGGUUGGAUUUUGAUGGCAUUACUAAUGGUAAGGUAGAGCAUUUGCGAGAAGAUCAUGGGAAGGAGAAGGAAAACCAUGAGGAUGAUGGAAGCAUGGAAGAAGAAGACAUUGAUGGUAAUGAUUCUGAUGAGUAGGGUAGAGCAUGACCAUCAGAUAGAAUAGAAAGGUACGCCGGUCUAUCACAGCCUGUAGUGUAGUUGUUUUUUGAACCUAGGAACUUUGAGUGUUUUGAGAUCCAAUGCCAUUGAUUAAUUUGUGCUAUUUGCUUGGGCUUUAGGCUUUCUUUUUUGUAGUUUUUAUGCUUGCAGCGACAGACUUUGAGUUAAAUUAAAUUCUUCUUUCACAGUA